AGACAGACACACAUUGUUCUAAAACCAGUAUGUCUAAUAUACUGAAACAAGAGCAGGAUCAGAGUCCCCGUCAAAACCCGUUGGUCAGAAUAAAGGGAUGCCAUUCCAUGCCUGACCUACAGAGGGAGACACUGCUGGAGGAGCUGGAGAUAACGCUGCUUGAUCGGCCUCCAACCUCUCCAAGAUUAUUACAGGAGAGUGAAUACGAGGAUGACGGUAACUGUGAGACAGAUCUGUGCUCGCUUAUAGAAUCCCUGACCUGCUAUAGUUCCAGCAGACUCCAAAGGCUCAAGCAAAAACUACAGAAAAUGAUGGAGGAAGAUGAAGAAGCACAAAGUUCUUGUGAAGAAACCUCUGCACCCACAAGGAGACGUGGUCAGUGUGGGGUUUUCUCCUCAAAUCAUCAUGCGCACAGCAGUGGCCCGAGUGUCCGAUAGAGUUCUCCCAGAGGCCAUCAAAGUCAGCAUGUACCCACCAGUCUACAAUGACCUUACUAAAGAGGUGAUUGAUUCAGCAUCGGUCGCUCUGAUGGAUCAGAACUUGGUUGAAGAAAAUAUGGCAAUAAGCAAAGUCUUUGAAGAAUUAUCCAAAAGUAUUUCAACAAAGUAUUUCAACUUUGAUGAGGACCCCAGGAUUGAGCCUGCCCUGACAAAUGCCACAUGCUGCCCAAAAAGAGUAAUUAACAACAAACUAAUCAACCCAUCACUCAGGAGGCCAAACCCAUACGGCAUAUCCCACAGAGAGAGAACAGAGAGGGCUGUCAACAGGAAGAGGCCUGCGAAUGCAACUGCUCGAGCAUACAGAGCCUGGUUUCAGUGGUGGAGGUGUCAACUAUCAAUGGAUGAUUAUCUUGACUACAUUUCCAGUCAGGACUCCGAUUAUCUGUCAGUGCUGUUUCACUUGUAUGACAGUGAUGAUGAUGAAGAGGCAGAGAGACACAAGCUGGCUCAGCUGCAGCGAGACGAGAGGAGAAGGCAACAGGAAAGGAUCAGUUCACUUAGGAGACAGAAACAAGAAUUUGUUCCUGGAUUCUGGAACAUCAACACCAUAGAGAUGGGAGGAUUGGGAAGGGAACCAGAACUGGAUGAGAAAAAUCCAGAAGAGGAAAUACAAGAUGCAUCUGAGGGAGAAGAAGGUGAAGGUGCUGGACUGCUGGAUGGAGAACAGAUGCAGGUCAGGCUGGAGAGGGUCUGGAACGCCCUGCUUCUGCCAGAAGGACAGCGACUAGACAUGGCCAUCAAAUACAGCUCUCAUGAGUACAGGAACCAUCUGCAGGAGGCAAUUGCUGCAUGGGAGCAGGCUGCUCGGUUGAUCCAGAAGAGAGAGCUCUUGCUCUCCAAGUUGGAGGACUUUGAGAGGGAGGCAUCUGACCCCAACAGAUUUUUCCAGCGAGGUUAUCAUGGUUCAUCCAUCGCUAGAAUGGAAGAGGCAAGUCAAAGAGAGAAGCUCAACUCUCAGAUUUCAGUUGUAGACCAAGAACUGUCCAAGACUAUGGGCUACAUCACCACCCGUUUCAAUGACAACAUCAGCUAUAAGGGUCGGCCAUACAGAGAGAAGAUGCGCUGGGACCUUACUGAGAUGCUGUACUGGCUGCAGCAGGAGAGGCGGGUCCAGUCGCUGGAGAUGUUUGUAGAUGGACGGAUGGCUCUGCCUGUAAGGCUUCCUCCUCUGAGCCAAAGCCAGGAGCUUCACUCAGACAACCAUCAAACCCUCCAGGAACAACCUCUGUCACACUGUGAGAGAAAUGGCCAAUUACUGCAACACUGCCAACUCUAAAAGAUAUACCAAUGUAGUCCAAAUACUAGCAAAUAAAGCAAGACCUGUCAGUUUUUAUAGAUCUGUUUCACUUUGAUUAUUGGUUUAGUAUAUUCUUACUAG